UUCCUCACAGCGGAAGGAGACGACGGAUCUCCUGCAGGACAAUGUGAGACAGUUGAUCCAACGCAGUUAGCGAGCAGCCAGGAUGGAAGUAGCGGGGCUAAUUUAACGCGUUUUGCAGCGCCAACACAAGCCGAAUAUCGUUGGGAAUCUUUAGUUUCGAAGCCCCGAGGAUAUGGGGACACUGCGCUGAGACGGAGCGGGCUUUCAGGGCCGAGAAACGGGGGAGAAAGAUGGGGAUGGGUGUCGUGCUGCGGAGCCUGUUGUUGUGUAGUUUUUGUUUUCUCAUACGAGGCGUGCCGCUGCUGCUGUAUGCGAACCGGCGCGACCUCCGUCUGGUGGACGCGGCGCACGAGAAGGCCAACGCCACGGUGGUGGUGGGGGGGCUGGAGGACGCCGCGGCCGUGGACUACGUCUACGCGCGGGGCCUCAUCUACUGGAGCGACGUGAGCGAAGAGGCCAUCAAACGCACCGUGUUCAACCAAUCGGGGGCCAGCGCGGUUCAGACGGUGGUCCCCGGGCUGGCCUCGCCCGAUGGACUGGCCUGCGAUUGGCUGGGGAGUAAACUCUACUGGACGGACUCGGAAACCAAUCGCAUCGAGGUGGCCGAGCUGGACGGCUCGCUGAGGAAGGUUCUGUUCUGGCAGGAGCUGGACCAGCCCAGGGCCAUCGCUCUGGACCCCGAACGAGGGUACAUGUACUGGACCGACUGGGGCGAGAUCCCAAAGAUCGAGCGUGCUGGGAUGGACGGGACCAACCGGUCCAUGAUCAUCGACCGGGACAUCUACUGGCCCAACGGUCUGACCCUGGACUACAGCCAGGAGAAGCUCUACUGGGCCGACGCCAAACACAACUUCAUCCACCGCGCCAGCCUGGACGGCACCUCCAGGUACUCGCCACAAACACCCCUCCCAAAACCCCUGCACCUCCAGGUACUCGCCACCAACACCCCUCCCAAAAACCCUGUACCUCCAGGUACUCGCCACAAACACCCCUCCCAAAAAACCUGUACCUCCCAGGUACUCGCCACACACCCUCCCAAAAACCCUGUACCUCCAGGUACUACCACAAACCCUCCUAAAACCUCCUGUACCUCCAGGUACGACCACAAACCUCCUAAAAGCCUGUACCUCCAGGUACUCGCUACAAACACUCCUCCUAAAACCCCUGUACCCCUCCAGGUACUCGCCACAAACACCCCUCCCAAAAACCCUGUACCUCCAGGUACACGCCACAAACACCCCUCCCAAAAACCCCUGUACCUCCAGGUACUCGCACACAAACACCCCCCUCCUAAAACCCUGUACCUCCAGGUACUUCUCACAAACACUCCUCCUAAAACCCCUGUACCUCCAGGUACACGUCACAAACACCCUCCUAAAAACCCUGUACCUCCAGGUACUCUCGCCACAAACACCCUCCUAAAAACUCUGUACCUCCAGGUACUCGCCACAAACACCCCUCCUAAAAACCUCCUGUACCUCCAGGUACCUCCCCCCACAAACACCCCUCCCAAAAACCCUGUACCUCCAGGUACUCGCCACAAACACCCCUCCCAAAAACCCUGUACCUCCAGGUACUCGCCACAAACACCCCUCCCAAAACCCCUGUACCUCCAGGUACUCGCCACAAACACCCCUCCCAAAAACCCUGUACCUCCAGGUACUCGCCACAAACACCCCUCCCAAAAACCCUGUACCUCCAGGUACUCGCCACAAACACCCCUCCCAAAAACCCUGUACCUCCAGGUACUCUCAGCCACAAACACUCCCUCCAAAAACCCUGUACUCCCAGGUAACCUCCCACAAACACCCUCCCGAAAAACCCUGUACCUCCAGGUACUCGCCACAAACACCCCUCCCAAAAACCCCUGCACCUCCAGGUACUGCCACAAACACCCUCCUAAAAACCUUGUACCUCCAGGUACUCGCUACAAACACCCUCCUAAAACCCUGCCCCUCCGUGGUACUCGCCACAAACACCCUCCUAAAACCCUGUACCUCCAGGUACUCUCGCCACAAACACCCUCCUCAAAAACCCCUGUACCUCCAGGUACUCGCUACAAACACCCUCCUAAAACCCCUGUACCGUCCAGGUACUGCUACAAACACCCUCCUAAAACCCUGUACCUCCAGGUACUCGCUUCACACAAACACCCUCCUCCUAAAACCCCUGCACCCUCCAGUAAUCGCCACAAACACCCUCCCAAAACCCACCUGCAUACGUACUCGCACAAACACCCUCCUAAAACCCCUCUGUACCUUCCAGGUACUCUCGCCACACAAACACCCCUCCCAAAAACCCUGUACCUCCAGGUACUCGCCACAAACACCCCUCCCAAAAACCCUGUACCUCCAGGUACUCGCCACAAACACCCCUCCCAAAAACCCUGUACCUCCAGGUACUCGCCACAAACACCCUCCCAAAAACCCUGUACCUCCAGGUACUUCGGCCACAAACACCCUCCUAAAACCCUGUACCUCCAGGUACUCGCCACAAACACCCCUCCCAAAAACCCUGUACCUCCAGGUACUCGCCACAAACACCCCUCCCAAAACCUGUACCUCCAGGUACUCGCCACAAACACCCUCCUAAAAACCUGUACCUCCAGGUACGCCACAAACACCCUCCUAAAACCUGUACCUCCAGUGGCCACCAGUCUGUGCACGGUGAAGAAUGGAGGCUGUUCCCACCUCUGCCUGCUCUCCCCGGUGAAGCCCUUCUUUCAGUGCGCCUGUCCCACCGGAGUCCAGCUGCUGGAGGACGGCAAGACCUGCCGAGACGGUGCGACCCAGAUGCUUCUCUUGGCGCGGCGCACCGACCUGCGGCGCAUCUCUCUGGACAUGCCGGACUUCACCGACAUAAUCCUGCCGGCCGAGGACAUCCGGCACGCCAUCGCCGUGGACUACGACCCCGUGGACGGCCUCGUGUACUGGACCGACGACGACGUCAAGGCCAUCCGGCGCUCGCGGCUGGACGGCAGCGACGCCGAGUUCGUGGUCACGUCGCAGGUCAACCACCCGGACGGCAUCGCGGUGGACUGGAUCGCCCGGAACCUGUACUGGACCGACACCGGCACGGACCGCAUCGAGGUCACGCGCCUCAACGGCACCAUGCGCAAGAUCCUGAUCUCGGAGGACCUGGACGAGCCGCGCGCGAUCGUGCUGGACCCGGUCGCAGGCUACAUGUACUGGACAGACUGGGGUGAGGUGCCAAAGAUAGAGCGUGCUGACCUGGACGGGACGGAGCGCCUGGUGAUGGUCAACACGUCUCUGGGAUGGCCCAACGGUCUCGCCCUCGACUACGACGAACGCAAACUCUACUGGGGGGACGCCAAGACGGACAAGAUCGAGGUCCGUCUCCGAGCUCGUCUCAUCUUCUGUCUUAUCUUAGGUUUCUAUUGUCACAGCAACUACAGACCUUCAUCACAGCAGACAUGUUGUGGUGAUGAAACCCCAGGUCUGAGUCCCAGGCUGCUGGUUGGAGGGAAGUUGCCCCCUCCGGGAUCCGUCUCUGUGUCUCUAGAUCUCGUCUCUCUCUGUCUCUAUAUCCUGCCCUCACAAGGGUCUCCUAUAUCUGUGUUCCCUUUCAGUUGUGUGCUCUCCAAAAACCCUGUACCUCCAGGUACUGCGCCACAGCCACCCUCCAAAACCCCUGCCUCAGGUACUGCGCUGGCCACGCCCCAAAACCCCUGCACCUCCAGGUACUGGGCCACAAACACCCCUCCCAAAAACUCUGUACCCCACUCGGGUACUACUUCCCGGCCUCCCAAAAACUCUGUACCUCCGAAUUUUCGCUACAAACACCCCUCCCAAAACCCUGUACCUACAGGUACUGGCUUCACAAACACCCCUCCCAAAACCCUGUGUACCUCCAGGUACUACGCCACAAACACCCCACUCCCAAAAACCCUGGUACCUCCAGUGUGCAUUGCGCUACAAACUUACCCUCCCAAAAGCCUGUACCUCCAGGUGGCUGGCUACACACACACCCCCCAAAAACCCUGUACCUCCAGGUACUCGCCACAAACACCCCUCCCAAAAACCCUGUACCUCCAGGUACUCGCCACAAACACCCCUCCCAAAAACCCUGCACCUCCCAGAUAUUCGCUACAAGCCACCCUCCCAAAACCCUGUACCUCCAAGUACCUUGCCACAAACACCCCUCCCAAAACCCUGCACCUCCAGAUUUUCAUGCAAACACCCUCCCAAAACCCCUGCACCUCCAGUACUUACCAUGCACAAACACCCCUCCCAAAAACCCAGCACCUCAAGGAUGUACUGCAUUACAAGACCCCCUCCCAAAAGACCCUGCACCUCCAGGUUGCACAAGCACAAACACCCCUCCCAAAACCCUGCACCUCAAGGUGCACACGCCACAAGUACACCCCUCCCAAACCCUGCACCUCGGGGUACUUUAAGCCACAAACCCCCCUCCCAAAACCCUGUACCUCCAGGUCGCCUUUAACCCCCUCCCACAAACACCCACUCAAAAAACCACUGCACCUCCGGGUGCUGCACAAACACCCUCCCAAAACCCUGUACCUCAGGUGCCAUACAAACACCCCUCCAAAACCCCUGCACCUCCAGACAUUACCGCACCCCCCUCCAAAAACCGCACACCUCCAGGUAUUGCACAAACACCUCCGAAACCCUGUUACCUCCGGUGCUUUCGCCACAAACACCCCUCCCAAAAACCCUGUACCUCCAGGUUUGCUCGCUACAAACACCCACUACCAAGAACCCUGUACCUCCAGGUGUUCAAUUGCCACAAACACCCCUCCCAAAACCCUGGCCACCUCCCGGUUGCCACAAGCCCUCGCCACCCCUCCCAAAACCCACAGCCGCACUCCAGGUUUUCGCCACAAGCUAACCCCUCCCAAAAAGCCUGUACCUCCAGUUUGCCUCGCCACAAACACCCCCUCCCAAAAACCUGUACCUCCAGGUUUUGCCUGCCACAAACCCCCUCCCCAAAACCUGUGCCUCCGGGUGCAUUCGCCACAAACACCCCUCCCAAAAAAAACCUGUACCUCCAGGUUUCGCCACAAACCGCCCCCUCCCAAAAACCUUGGCACCUCCAGGUACCUUUGCGCCACAAACACCCCUCCCAAAAACCUGUGCCUCCAGUGUGCGAUACAAACUACCCCUUCCAAAAACCCUGUACCUCCGGGUGCACUUUUCGCCACAAACACCCCCUCCCAAAAAACACCUGUACCUCCAGGUGACUUGCCCCACACACCCCUCCCAAAACCCUGUACCUCCAGGGAGGUGGUGGUUAAAGGGGAGCUACCUCACCCGUUCGCCCUCACCCUGUACGAGGACACGCUGUUCUGGACCGACUGGAACACCCACUCCAUCCACUCCUGCAGGAAACAGACCGGCGCCGAGCAGCGCGUGGUCCACUCAGACAUCUUCUCGCCCAUGGACAUCCACGUCUUCAGCGCCAACAGACAAAACAUCCUGGCCACCAGUCUGUGCACGGUGAAGAAUGGAGGCUGUUCCCACCUCUGCCUGCUCUCCCCGGUGAAGCCCUUCUUUCAGUGCGCCUGUCCCACCGGAGUCCAGCUGCUGGAGGACGGCAAGACCUGCCGAGACGGUGCGACCCAGAUGCUUCUCUUGGCGCGGCGCACCGACCUGCGGCGCAUCUCUCUGGACAUGCCGGACUUCACCGACAUAAUCCUGCCGGCCGAGGACAUCCGGCACGCCAUCGCCGUGGACUACGACCCGUGGGCUGACCUGGGUGUACUGGACCGGCACGGCGGCGUCAAGGCCAUCCGGCGCUUCAGCGGCUGGGCCGGCAGCGGCGCGCGAGUUAGUGGUCACGUCGCAGGUCAACCACCGGACGGCAUCGCGGUGGACUGGGUGCGCCGGAACCUGUACUGGACCGACACGGCCACGGACCCGCACGAGUCCACGCAGCGCCUCAAGCGGCACCAUCACGCCAAGAUCCUGAUCUCGGAGGACCUGGACGAGCCGCGCGCGAUCGUGCUGGACCCGGUCGCAGGCUACAUGUACUGGACAGACUGGGGUGAGGUGCCAAAGAUAGAGCGUGCUGACCUGGACGGGACGGAGCGCCUGGUGAUGGUCAACACGUCUCUGGGAUGGCCCAGCAGGGUCUGCCCUCGAGCUCCGACGAGGCAUAAACUCUACUGGGGGCCGCCAAGGCCGGACAAGAUCGAGCCGCCGGCGCUCACAACCACGCAGCGCCAGUUCAUCAUCGACCAGCUGCCCGACCUCAUGGGCCUCAAGGCCACGUACGUCCACUCGUCCUCCGGUACCAACCCUUGUGCAGAGAGUAAUGGCGGCUGCAGCCACCUGUGUCUCUACAAGCCGCUGGGCGUGCAGUGCGGCUGUCCCAUCGGCCUGGAGCUGAUCGCCGACAUGAGGACGUGCAUCGUGCCCGAGGCCUUCCUGCUCUUCUCCCGGCACACCGACAUCCGCCGCAUCUCCCUGGAGACCAACAACAACAACGUGGCCAUCCCGCUCACCGGCGUCAAGGAGGCCUCGGCGCUCGACUUCGACAUCACCGACAACCGCAUCUACUGGACCGACAUUACUCUGAAGACCAUCAGCCGGGCCUUCAUGAACGGCAGCGCCCUGGAGCACGUGGUGGAGUUCGGCCUGGACUACCCAGAGGGCAUGGCGGUGGACUGGCUGGGGAAGAACCUGUACUGGGCCGACACCGGCACCAACCGCAUCGAGGUGGCCAAACUGGACGGGCAGCACCGGCAGGUCCUGGUCUGGAAGGAUCUGGACAGUCCGCGCGCUCUGGCUCUGGAUCCCGCAGAAGGGUACAUGUACUGGACGGAGUGGGGGGGGAAGCCGAAGAUCGACCGAGCGGCGAUGGACGGGACGGGGCGCAUCACGCUGGUGGCCGACGUGGGCCGAGCCAACGGGCUCACCAUCGACUACGCCGAGCGCCGCCUGUACUGGACCGACCUCGACACCACGCUCAUCGAGUCCUCCAACAUGCUAGGUCAGGACCGCGAGGUGAUAGCCGAUGACCUCCCUCACCCGUUCGGCCUCACCCAGUACCAGGACUACAUCUACUGGACGGACUGGAGCCAGCGCAGCAUCGAGCGCGCCAACAAGACCAGCGGGCAGAACCGCACCGUGAUCCAGGGCCACCUGGACUACGUCAUGGACAUCCUGGUCUUCCACUCGUCCCGGCAGGGCGGCUGGAACGCCUGCGCCUCCACCAACGGGCACUGCUCGCACCUCUGCCUCGCCGUGCCCGUCAGCAGCUUCGUGUGCGGCUGCCCCGCCCACUUCUCCCUCAACUACGACAACAAGACCUGCAGCGCUCCGACCUCCUUCCUGCUGUUCAGUCAGAAGUCGGCCAUCAACCGCAUGGUGAUCGACGAGCAGCAGAGUCCCGACAUCAUCCUGCCGAUCCACAACCUGAGGAACGUGCGAGCGAUCGACUACGACCCGCUGGACAAACAGCUGUACUGGAUCGACUCCAAGCAGAACAUCAUCCGCCGCGCUCAGGACGACGGGAACCAGAGUGUGAUCGUGGUGCCGAGUUCUCUGGCCGGGCCCAGCCAGGGUCUGCAGCUGUACGACCUGAGCAUCGACAUCUACAGCCGCUUCAUCUACUGGACCAGCGAGGUCACCAACGUCAUCAACGUGACCCGCACGGACGGCAGCCGAGUCGGUGUGGUGCUGAGAGGAGAGCACGACAAGCCCAGAGCCAUCGUGGUCAACCCGGAGAGAGGGUACAUGUACUUCACCAACCUGCUGGAGCGCUCUCCGAAGAUCGAGCGCGCGGCGCUGGACGGGACGGAGCGAGAGGUUUUGUUCUUCAGCGGUUUGGGGAAGCCCGUGGCGCUGGCCAUCGAUAACGAGCUGGGGAAGCUGUUCUGGGUCGACUCGGACCUGAGGCGCAUCGAGAGCAGCGAUCUCUCCGGAGCCAAUCGGAUCGUGAUCGCAGACUCCAACAUCCUGCAGCCCGUGGGCCUGACGGUGUUCGGGAACCACCUGUACUGGAUCGACAAGCAGCAGCAGAUGAUCGAACGCAUCGACAAAACCACGCGGGAGGGCCGCACCAAGAUCCAGGCGCGCAUCCCCUACCUCAGCGAUAUCCACGCCGUGCACGAGCUCGACAUGAGCGAGUACAGUAAACACCCGUGCACCUGGGACAACGGCGGCUGCUCCCACAUCUGCAUCGUGAAGGGAGACGGGACGACUCGCUGCUCGUGUCCCGUCCACCUGGUGCUGCUGCAGGACGAGCUCUCCUGUGGAGAGCCCCCCACCUGCUCCCCGGAGCAGUUCUCCUGCACCUCCGGCGAGGUUGACUGCAUCCCGAAGGCCUGGAGGUGCGAUGGCUACCCCGAGUGUGACGACGGCAGCGACGAGGAGAACUGUCCCGUCUGCUCCGAGUCGGAGUUCCAGUGCGACAGCCGGCAGUGCAUCGACCUGAGCCUGCGCUGCAACGGAGAGGUCAACUGCCAGGACCGCUCGGACGAGAACAAGUGUGAAGUACGCUGUCCUCCAGACCAGUUCACCUGCUCUAACGGUCAGUGCAUCGGGAAACACAAGAAGUGCGACCACAACAUGGACUGCACCGACAACUCCGAUGAGAUCGGCUGCUACCCGACAGAGGACCCCCCUCCUCCGUCCAACAACACCAUCGGCUCCAUCGUGGGCGUGGUCAUGGCGCUGUUCGUGGUGGGCGGGGUCUGCAGGCCAGCCCUCGUCCCAGAUGAAGGACCGGACUGCAGACCACCAACCCACUGCGUGCACCGAUCCCAUCGUGCCGCUGGCAUCGCCCGCACCCAAGCGUCUCUUCCAGCCUGCACAUACUGGUCUGAUACCCAGUACUGGUCUGAUACCCAGUACUGGUCUGAUACCAGCAUUUUAGGCAGUAUCAAAGGUUUUUCAGGUACUGGUAUCGGUAUCAGAACAUCUCUAUAG